CGCCAUGGCGGAGGAGGAGGCGGUGGCCGCGGCCGAAGUGGCCGUUCGUAGCCAGAGGGUCUUUCUAAACCAUCUGGACUCCUACAGCGGCAGCAGCAUCGGGAAGUAUUUAUCUAACUGUGUUGUUGGAGCAUCACUUGAAGAGGUGGGAGAGGAAGAAGAAGAAGAAGAAGUUGAAAUUAUGUCAGCUAUAGAUGUUAAUCUCAGUAAACCAAAGGAGGGAGCCUACCAAAUAGUGGGGACUCUUUCUAAGGCACAGAGUAUGAAACCAGAUUUUGCUCAGGAAACUUACACAAUCUCUACUCAAGAAGAACUUCUAGGUCACCUACUUGAAUGUGAUGUCAUUAUUUAUAACAUCACUGAAGAUGCAAAUCAAAUUGAAGAGGCUACUUGGGCCGCUUCUGCACUACAUGGAGAGGUGCUACAUUUUGAGAAACCAAAGUUAUUUAUCCUAGUUUCAACAAUAAUGACAUGGGCACGAAGCAAACCUCUUGACCCAGAUGAUUCAGAAAUUCCUUUUACUGAAGAAGAUUAUCGCAGAAGAAAACCUCACCCUAACUUUAUGGACCAUAUAAAUGCUGAAAAAGUGAUUAUCAAACUUGGAAAAACAAACAAAAAAAAAUUUUCAACCUAUGUUGUUGCUUCAGGACUUCAGUAUGGAGCGGAAGAAGGAAUAUUUCACUGCUUUUUUAAGACAGCUUGGCUUGGUGAGACUCCUGCAAUACCAGUUUUUGGUGGUGGAAACAAUUUUCUUCCAACCAUUCAUGUUGUUGAUUUAGCAGCAGUGUUGCAAAACAUAGCUGACCAUAGGCCAAGGACUCACUACAUUGUGGCAGUGGAUGAAUCUAUACAUACUCUUCAGGCCGUAGUUAAGUGCAUUAGCAAAAAUGUUGGACCAGGAAAAAUCCAAAAGAUUCCAAGAGAAAACGCUUUCUUAAGCAAAGACUUAACGCAAACACAUUUGGAUAUGUUACUUGUGAACCUGCGGAUGGAAGCUGUAUUCUUGAAGGAGAACUUCAACAUUAAGUGGGUUGCUCAGACAGGACUAGUGGAGAAUAUUGGGCAAGUCCUCAAAGAAUACAAGCAAAGUCGGGGAUUACUGCCAGUCAAAAUUUGUAUUCUUGGUCCUCCUGCAGUUGGGAAAUCUACCAUUGCUGAAGAACUCUGCAAACACUACAGGCUACAUCAUAUUAAAAUAAAGGAUGUAAUUUCUGAAGCAAUAGAAAAUCUGGAGAAAAUUAUUGCUCCUAAAGAAACAGUGGAAACUGAAGAGAUGGGUGAGGAGGGAGAAGAUGAAGAAGAAGAAGAAGGGGACAAUAUAGAAGAGGCACAAGAACUCUUAGAUGGAGUCAAAGAAAACAUGGAGCAGAAUGGAGGUCGUCUAGAUGAUCAGUAUGUGAUUAAAUUCAUGAAAGAAAAGCUAAAGUCUAUGCCUUGCAAGAAUCAAGGAUAUAUUUUGGAUGGGUUUCCAAAGACCUAUGACCAGGCAAAAGAUCUAUUUAAUCUUGAAGAUGAUGCGGAAGAAGAAGAGACAAGAAGCAAAGUGCCUCGCUAUGAUAAAUUAAUCACUCCUGAAUAUGUUAUUUCAUUGAAUGCCUCAGAUGAAUUCCUAAAAAACCGAGUAAUGAAUCUUCCAGAGAGUGUUGUAGCUGGAACUCAUUAUACUCAGGACCGGUUCUUGAGAACUCUCAGUCUCUUCAGGGAGUUAAAUACUGAAGAUGAGACUGUUCUCAACUAUUUUGAUGAACUUGAAAUACAUCCACAGUUUAUUGAUGUCGCAAAGUUUGAGGAUCCUGAGAACAGAUUUAUUGUAAAAGAGAUCAUCAAAGAAACUGGACAACCUCGAAAUUAUGGUUUGACAGAUGAAGAAAAGGAAGAACUAGAACGCAAAGCAGCCGAGGCACGCCUUGCCAAAGAAGCAGAAGAAAAUGCUGAACAGGAGCGUAAAGAAGCUGAGGAAAGGGCUGAAAAGUUGGCAAACUGGGAAGAGUGGAAUAAACGUCUAGAAGAAGUGAAGAGGCAGGAACAAGAAUUACUUGAAGCCCAGUCCAUUCCUCUGAGGAACUACUUAAUGAAGAAUGUCAUGCCAACACUUAUGCAAGGACUGAAUGAAUGUUGCAAGAUCAGGCCUGAUGAUCCAGUUGACUUCCUGGCAGAAUAUCUCUUCAAGAACAAUCCUGAAAUGGAAUGAAAGAUACUGACAGAUGUAAAACCCCAACACAUCGUCACACUAAUGAAAAGGCAGAACAUUUCUAAUGUGUUUUACAAAAACAUUGAUUACGCUGAAACUAUUUUCUUUAUAUUUCUUUGUGUAGUUUUCACUUUGAUUUCUGACAUAUUACUUUUAUAGCUCCAUAGUACAGUAGAUAGCUUUACACUCCACUAAAUACUGUUUAUGACCACAAUCUUAAUUUAUGCACGUAUCAGAAUAUUUGUGCAUAUACCUAUUUGAAAUUGUGAUCCAAAAGAAUCCACACCCUAUCAUCAUGGAAGGGCAGCAUCGUUGGCAGUGUGUUCCUUGCCUCCCAUUCUCUAGUGCAGCUGACAUGAUUAACACCACCAGCAAAUUAUUUUCUGGUUCUUUAGCACAAUGGAAGAAAGCAACAAGACUAUGGGAUUCUUUCCCCCAGUCUUUGAAAAGGGGGCAGCUGUUGCUAUGGAUAAAGGGAAGGAAACAGGAGCAUCAAGACUAUCUUUCUACUACUCUCCAAAUAUAAAGCUUUUUCCUCUCCUCUGUUUAUUAGGAGACUGUUAAGGCACUAGAAAGGCUUUCAGUCCAGGGGUUUUGAGCAUCGUACGUGAAGCAUAGUGAGCAAGGGAUAAUUCUGACCUGGGCUUCGCUCCCUCUGCCUGUUACACAAGAGCAGACAGAGUGGAGCACAAAGUGCUGCCAUUCUGUACCACAUGUAGAAGCAUACCAAUCCAUUCAAGUGACUAGGUAAAUGCCUGGUGACCCAAUCUGGAUCUGCCAUUAAUUUUUGGUGUUGUUUUGGUAUUAUCAAUAUUCGGUUUAAUAGUCAAAGGAUAUUCAAUAUUUCUGUACUAUUAAAGUUUAUUAAAUUGCUUUAAGAUUCCCAUAGUGGCAGUUCUUGAAGGAGAAGCUAAAGAGUUCCUGGGUUGGUCAUAGUUAGCCAUCCAACUAUUGUUGAGAAAUUUUCAUUUGGUUAUUUUGAUUUUGUAUUGACCUAAUGUGUAUUGUUAAAAAAAAGGCCAAAUAAAUCAUCUAUCUUGAGCUGAUGAGGUUUCGAUAGUAUCUUCAAAUAUUCUUUUAUUAUAGAAAAUGUAACACAAUAUCAUCCCAAAACAGCCUGAGGGCUGUUUGAAAAGAAAAAGAGAAACAAAACCAUCUAACAUUUCUAAAAAGGAUGAUGACCUAUUACUACUACAUAUAAUAACUGCAAAAUAUUUUAAUAUAGGACUUUAUCUAUUAAUUCAUUGUCCCCAUUCAAACACACAAAAUCCUUCUUCUGCAUGCUACAUAUCUUGCACAAGGUCAUGUGCCAUGUCAGUGACAGAGCCAGGAACAAUGUGUGUAUUCUAACCAGAUAAACGUUUUGUGGAUCUAAAAAUCCCAUUGACAGCUAAUCCAGUUAUUGACCUGGGAUUUAUUUGGAGACAAUUUUAAAAGCAUUUCGUAUUUAAUAAGUCUUUAGCACCAUUCAGACAAUCUCAUAAUGCGAGAGACCUGUGUUCGAUAGGAAACUUGAUCAAAAGUCGAUUUUAGUUUGGUCUUUACUGAGGGUACAUCUACACUACCUGCCGGACCAGUGGGUAGUAAUCAGUCCGGGUAGUAAUCCAUCGGGGAUCAAUUCAUCCUAUCUCGUGAAGAUGUAAUAAAUCGAUCUGCGAAUCGACGCCCGUACUCCACCUCAGCAGGAGAAGUAAGCAGUGUCGAGCUGUGGCAGUCGACUCGCUGCCGUGAGGACGGCCAGGUAAGUCAAACUAAGAUACUUCAACUUCAGCUACACAAGAUUGAGAGCUGCCCUGCCGGUGGAGAAACAGGUGGCUAUUGCAGUCUUGAAGCUGGCAACUCCGGACAGCUACCAAUAGGUCGGGAACCGGUUUGGAGUGGGAAAGUUGACUGUUGGAAUUAUUUUGAUGCAAGUUUGGAGGUCUAUUAAUC